GCUCAGAUCAGGGGAAGAUGAGGUUUCGAUUCUGCGGGGAUUUGGACUGUCCUGACUGGGUCUUGGCAGAAAUUAGCACUUUGGCUAAAAUAUCUUCGGUGAAGCUUAAGCUGAUCUGUGCCCAGGUUCUGAAGAAUGUGCUUGGAGAAGGCAUUGAUUAUGACAAAAUUCUAAAGUUAACAUCAGAUGCCAAGUUUGAAUCGGGGGAUGUGAAGGCAACCAUUGCUGUUCUUACCUUCAUUUUCUCCAGUGCCGCCAAAUACAAUGUGGACUCUGAGUCUCUCUCCAGCGAACUUCAACAGCUGGGGCUGCCCAAAGAGCAUGCUGCAGGAUUGUGCCGGUCCUACGAGGAGAAACAGGGUCCCCUCCAGGACAGCCUCAGGAAGUGCAGCCUGAGAUUGAAUUGUCUGGAUUCUGUGUCGUGGAGAGUGGAUUAUACACUUAGUUCCAGCGAGCUGCAGCAGGUCAAUGAGCCUGUCGUUCACCUCAAGCUGAAUGUGAAGGAUGUCGACAGAAAGGUGACAGAGCCUGUUGCAAUGACAUUGUCGGCAGAAAAGUUCCGCGUCUUACUUGCUGAACUAAAACAGGCCCAAGCAAUCAUGAAAACACUCGACUGAGGACCCGCUGGAUGCUGUCAGGACCGGAAGAGGCUUCGUUCUGUCCACAGGCCAAAAUGUCUCCACUGGAUUGUGACAGCCUGUGAAAUAUAAGCCAAGUGGCCAGAUGCUGUUAAAGUACAUUUCCCAGCGGCCCCAGCCAGCAAAGCCAAUGGAGAAUGGGAAUGGCAGCACAGGAACGUCUGGGGGUCACAGGCUCCCAACCUCUGCCUUAGGAGAAGUCUAUCUGAUCUUUCAUUUGAGCAAGAGUUGUCAAGGGAAAAAGUAGCCUAGAUUUUGCUCUUGCGGCUCUGCCUCAAAACUACGAAAAUACUUCCUUGUAUUUUUUUUCUGUACUUCGUCGAACAGCAGAAAAUUAAAUCCCAGAAAUGUGGCAAAACCUGCCUUUGUCAAAUCUGUGUAUUGAGUAAGGCUCUGGCCUCACUGCUGUUGGCUGGAAAUGAAAUAAACACGGUUUGAUGUUU